AUGGGAUUUUUCUGGACCAGCGCAGGCAAAAAGAUUCACCUGAAAAUUGUCCACAAAUCGCCGAACGUGCUCCACUUAUCCGUAGAGAACUUGGAGGCAGACCGUGAACGCCACUUAUUACUCGUUUUGGUGCUUGCAUCAUUACUUUGCUUUGCGGUCUGUACGUUUAUUUUCCGGCUCAAUUUUCUGCACGCUGCUUUUCUCUUGCCGACGCUUACGUGUUGCUACCUCUACAGCAGUGUGAUAAAAUCCGAAAAUCUGGUCCUAGUGAAAGACUUUGCGUUGCAAUGCUCAAUUACUUUUGCAAACGGCACCGUGCGCAAUUCACUGAUUCCAAUAGAGUAUAUACAGGACAUAAUAAUCAACGAUGUAUUUUACAACUUGAAAGUAAUUUUCGUGCUGCAAGUGCUAACGAAAGGAAACUUAUUUCGGAGAAAACCGAUCAUUACACUCCUACACCAUCUUAAACCAGGUUUGUCCUGCUUAAAAAUUGUCUUCGAAGAAUUACAUUCCAUAUUGGAAUUAGAGGAUCACUGAACGAUGAAGAAGCCUCAAUUCGGUUGACGCGUCCUAGGAAAAAACUUGUCGAGAAUAUUCAGCAUCUGAACAGCUUCCUGAGUCUUCUGCGUGCCGAUUUCCGUCGAAAAAUCAUGUUGCUGUAACCUUUCCAUUGUGGCCAGUUUCUCGAUCGGCUGCUUUGGUACGCAAACGUCGGUUUUCGCCUAACCAAAUAUAGGUCACAAUGAAAAUUAGAUAAUUACUAUGCGAU